AAUCGAACGAACAAUCGCAAAAUGGGAACCGGGACAUCGUGCGAGGAGGUGCCGCCAUCGGCGCAAUCAGGACGAGACGCUGUUGCUGCAGCUCUGACAGAUGAUAAUUAUUCCGUCGAGGAUGGCGUGCACUCCACGUCGAAUGCCGUCCUCUAUGCGCACAAGUUCACACAGCGACACCCACUGUUGCAGUGGAAUGACACUGAAAACGUUGUCCAUGGCAUGGGUACCCGGUCGUCCAAGUUGCUCGUGCUCGUCGAUAUCUGUGACAUGUCGGGCGAAGUCAGCAGUCGCGUGGUGCUCUCCGUCAUGUCGUCUUCGUCGUCAUUGCUUCUGUCGACCGCCCAUCCCAGCGGUUACAAACUGAAGGCGCUCCUGGUGUCGGUGCGUCAUCCGUGCUUGUUGCCCGUGCUGGAUGUCGACAAGCAGCAUGGAGGUCAUGGUAUUUUUAUCAUGGCCCAGCCAUUCGUUCCCACGGGAAGCAUCAAGGACUUGAUCUACUGCAAUCCCGUGCCCGCCAAGGGAUAUGCGAGCAAGUACAGCCGAGUGGGUCGGGGGUUGCCGCGCACUCUCAUCAGUCGGUAUGGUCGUCACGUGUUGGAGGCGCUCAGAGCGCUUCGAUCUAUCGGCGUCGUCUGCGACCAUCUGAAGACCAGCAACGUCAUGCUGGACCAAGACGUUGCCAGGAUUUCCGAUAUUUUCAAUCCCAUUUUGGGCUUAAGCCGAGAUCGGUCCAUGCAAGCGCUCACGAUGCCAUUGGAGGCCACAGUGCCCCUGGACAUACUUCUGUUUGGACACUUUUUGUUUGAAAUGGCUGUGGGACGCGAAUUGAACGCUGUGGUGCCACGUGAGUCGGAUGUUGCUGCACUGCCUGUCGACAUUGCCAACGUAAUAAAAAGCAAAAGAAAAUCCCAACCCUCCAAUCCUUGCUAACAUGUUAACGAGUAUGUCUAGGUGUUGGCGAGUAUAUUUGGUGUCUCGACUGUUUCACCGUGUUCCGUGGAACACUUGCUGGCGAUGCCGCUGUUUGCCGCAGCCCCCCCAAUGUAUUUAUUCGACAUAUCCGAGUUGUUGUCCGGGAUGGCACUGCUUGAAUCGAGUAACCAACUGAACGCCGAGAGGCGAUCACACCAACUUCGACAAUUCCACGUUGCCGCGAUUCAUGCUGCAAGGACCAAUGCAGGCAAAGGCACGGACGGGGGCAAAGAGAAGGCGGUGCUGCCCACUAGUCGGGGGGCCAAGAAGCCGCCGCCUCUGAAGCGCAUGUCGUACCGCCGCGCGUCGUCGUCGGUGAUGGCCUAGAUAGAUAGAACUGUAUCGCUAGAACUACUCAACGAAAGAAAAUUCCAUGCCAAAAAGUACCAAGUACAGCUGGCUACCAAUACAGUAUACGUGUAAGCCAUACAAAGUAUUGUAGCAAGGCAGUUG